AUCGGAAGGGGAGCACUGAUUAAGCCGUGGAUUUUCACUGAGAUUAAGGAGCGCCGGCUCUGGGAUAUCAGUGCCGGCGAACGGCUCGACAUUUUGCGCGAUUUCGUGAACUACGGACUCGAGAAUUGGGGGUCAGAUGAUGAGGGCGUCACCAAAACGAGGCGUUUCCUACUGGAGUGGCUGUCGUUUCUGCACCGGUAUAUACCGGUCGGAGUGUUGGAGCGAUUACCGCAACGCAUAAACGAAAGGCCGCCGCCGUUUGUGGGCCGCACAGACCUCGAGACCCUACUGUCCAGCGGGUCGUGCAAUGGUUGCGGGGCACCUACAGCUCCGUGCAUACCGUUCCCCUUUAUGAAAUCAACCUGUUGCAGCGGUUCGUGCUAUUGGUUCAGAUGUCGGGACUACUUCUGGGACGACCCCAACUUUCCGAAGGACGAGUUCUAAGCACCCGUUCCCACCCACUCAUGCGAUCAAGACAUUUAUGAACACAAACUACCUUGUUGAUGAUUUAAAUUUAAUAAUAUAGCACAAAUUAAGCACAAUUUUCUAUUCAUUCUUAUAAAAUAGUUUUGAAAAUGAAUUGCAUAAUUACUAC